AGCUUCUCCUUCGACUGCUGCUGCCAGGGAGAAGGGAGGGUGAGAGGAACAUGGUCUCGCUGAAACUCCAGAAGCGGCUCGCCGCUAGUGUCCUCAAGUGCGGCAGAGGCAAAGUCUGGCUUGACCCAAAUGAAGUCAACGAAAUAUCCAUGGCCAAUUCUCGCCAAAACAUAAGGAAGUUGGUCAAGGAUGGUUUCAUUAUCCGGAAGCCAACCAAGAUUCACUCCCGUUCACGUGCGCGUAGGAUGAAGGAGGCCAAGAGGAAGGGACGUCACUCUGGAUACGGUAAGCGUAAGGGUACCAGAGAGGCACGACUCCCUACAAAAGUUCUUUGGAUGAGAAGAAUGCGUGUGCUCAGGCGCUUGCUUCGCAAGUACAGGGAAUCAAAGAAAAUUGACAAGCAUAUGUAUCAUGACAUGUACAUGAAAGUUAAGGGUAAUGUGUUCAAGAAUAAAAGAGUCCUGAUGGAGAGCAUUCACAAAUCCAAGGCUGAGAAGGCAAGAGAGAAGACCUUGAGUGAUCAGUUUGAGGCUAAGCGUGCAAAGAACAAGGCAAGCCGUGAAAGGAAAAUUGCAAGGAGGGAGGAGCGAUUGGCUCAUGGUCCUGGAGACAAACCUGCUGCGGCACCGACCGCACCAUCUGCGAGAGCAUCACAACCAGCCCAAUCAUCAAAAAAAUCCAAGUGAUGGGGCACAAGCAGGCAUACCUAAUGUAGUUUUGACCAAUCUCCUUUGUUCGACUAGACAUUUCUUAUUUUUAUUUCAAGUACGAGAGGUUAAAAUAUUCUUGCACUGUUUGAUUUAUAGUUUGUUUGAUGGCGUUUUUUUAUAUGAAAUUGCAGCAUGCCAGCUUUGUUUUCUAGGCCUUUUAA